AUGAACCCUUACACUGACGAGGCGACAUCGGCAAUUGACCUAAACAUUAGCUCAUUGACCAGAUUGCCUCAACCGCAAAGCUCUUGUGCGGAAUAUUCCGACGCCGAUGACUCUCCUAUCCUUCUAGAAAACGCCUUCUAUUCGCCGGAAGACUGUUCGGAAAACGAGGACCUUUCGAGAACAUCCAAGCCGUCUAUUGAGUGCGUCGUCUGCGGAGACAAGUCAUCCGGGAAGCAUUACGGGGUCUUUACCUGCGAAGGCUGCAAGAGCUUUUUUAAGCGAAGCAUCCGAAGGAAUCUUUCGUACACAUGUAGGGGGUUUAAAAACUGCCCAGUGGAUAUUCAACACAGAAACCACUGCCAGUAUUGCAGACUGAAAAAAUGCAUGAAAGUUGGAAUGAGGAAAGACGGUAAGCUUUGCCACUUAACAUCACUUCUUUAUUUGGCGAUGAAAAUUUUGACCCAAGCUGAAACUGUAUAAACUGCUGGUUCGUGUAUUAUCAUUUUUCCGUUGUAUUGUCCGAUAGCCUGGUAGUUAACUUUAUCUGACCGGUACAUCAGACAAUAAUGUUACGGAACAAUGAAAGUAAAUAACACCUAAUUUUAUCGUAAUCGUAAAAUAAAUAAGUGCGGCAGCUUGUGUUGCUAUAAUAAAGCCACACUCUUCUCUAAACCCGUCCUGUAUCUCAGCUCGUAGAACAUCCCUUAUAUUAAGGAGCAAGAGCAUAAGGCCUUCCGUACUACUAUUUUUCCUCACCACGUAUUAGCUACUACUGUAGGCCAACUUGCUUUAUAGCUUUAUGUGAUUUAUUGGGCAAUUUCUAUAUGCUAUUCUUUUAUUCAUGUUCGUGGUGAUUAAAAAAACAACAAGAAAGAAUAAAAUCCUAAUCAGGCGACUGAGACUGAACAAAAAUCAAUAAGUGGAAAAGAAAGUAUUUCAUUCAUUCUCUUAUUCAUUCACUCAUCCAUUCAUUCCCAGUUCUUCCUUCACUCAUUCACUCCUUCUGUCCUUCAUUCCGGUCAUUCGCUCGUUCAUUUCUUUGUACGUUCUGGAGAGCACCACCCAUGACUUAACAAGACGAGUUGGGAUAGAUACGUUGGACCAAGAGUCAUUCUCUCUUGGUUGGACAGAGAAUCGUGGGUCACAAUGUCCCAACAGGAGUCUAACCCGCGACCGGUCGCUUACUAAUUUAGAAUCUCCAGCGCACAGCAGCUGUUGGUAAUAAAUAGGAACACUUACAAAAGCAUAUGAUUUCACAGAAAUUCGUUUGUGACUGCGUUUACAGAGUUGGUCCUGAUAAGAACGUGGUUUCCUACCCAGUCGUAGUAAUUGAGCGCUUACCAUUUGGAAAGGAAAUUUCGGUAAAAAAUUUCUGACAAAUGGUACCUGACUUAAAAACGUCUCCGAAAAGAGAAAUAGGUAAGAGUUGUAUCAUUUGCAAAACACCAGAUAACGAGUGGGCCUGGGUUAAAACAAAUCACCUUCCGCCUCAAAAGGAAGCCUGGCACUGGUUAACUCGACAAACGGUACAAAUAAUUUCGGUCGUUUCGGUAAAAACGGAAAACGUGUGAUACCUCGAAAGGUAUUACUUUUUUCCGGAAAAUUUCUACCGGGAUAAACCAUACCAUUUGAAUUCUCCCCGGUAUUACCGGCUUUUCCAUACAAAUGGUAAGCGCUCAUUGUCAUAGAAACUUUAUUAUCUUCGAUGACAUGGAGCCCAGUCUCCCUUAGGUAUAAGACUUACGCAAAUAACGAUCGACUUAAUUUACUGACUUUUGCUUUUGUCAACAGCUGUCCAGAAAGGCCGCAUCUCAGCGGCGCAGCCUGACCUGGUCAGUUCUUUCCAAAUGGGUCUAGGAGACAUUCGCAAUCCACAGUCCUUUUACUCAAGUUACAUUACACUCCUACUCCGGGCAGACACCAUCGCGCGCUACCAACAAUCCCUAAGGAUUCCCGCCAGCAUUGCGGGACUGGAAAGCGCUUCAGAACUUGGUGCAAGAUUGUUAGUUUCAAUCGUAGAAUGGGCAAAGAACAUUCCCUUUUUCACUGAAUUAACUCUCCCUGAUCAGUCCAUCUUAUUGCGCUCAUGCUGGAGUGAACUUUUUAUACUAAGCACCGCACAACACUGCUCUCCAUUUCACAUGGCACAACCGCUGACCAUUAGUGCCCUCACACCGCCGUCGAGCAGCGAUUUGUUAGCGAGCAAUAAUGGAUCAAUGUCGUUUGAUUUCGUUGAAAAUUUCCAAUUGUUUGAAGAACAAGUCGAAAAACUUAAAAACCUGCACAUAGACUCCGCUGAGUUCUGUUGCCUAAAGGCUAUAAUUCUGUUUAACCCAGGUAAGUGCUUUUUAGGUCCGUAUUUCUUCAAUAUUUUACUUCCAUUUACUAUAUUGGGCUAACAAAUUUCCUCUUUCAGAUUAACCUCGGGAUUCCGAAAAGGUUGAUAAUAACUGGGAUCUAAAUUUCAAAUUGUGAUUUGCUCAAGUAACUGUUUCAUCCUUCUUUCGGAAGGAAAAGUGAAGGUGACCGUCUUCAGUUGGUCUCUGCAAAACUUAGACACUUAUUUUGCCUUAUUGAAGGUUAUCUUCGUCUAGCAUUCCUAUGAGACGAAAAAUUUGAACAAGAGCGGUUUUCAGCGAGCUGUAGAGGUGCAGUGAAAUACAACAAAAUUAAUUUUGGGUUGAACAAGCUCUAUUCGAGCUCCAUUUCAGGGAGAAGCUGUUACACGUUAAGCACUAAAAAUGUGGGGCUAUGGUUGACAAUCUCGAAGAAGUGGAUUUUCCGAAAAUUACACUUCAGAAAAUCGUAGGGAAUUUUCUAGAUAAGGUUCGAAAAUUUUACAUGAAUGGGAUGGUCAUCUAGACGUUUUUGGACUUCCUUAGAGGUAUAGAAAUUUCUAGGCAAUUUUUGCUUCUCUUCUCCGAAAAUAUAUUUUACAGAAGACUGUCGUUGGGUGCCCCUGGUGUAGUCUAUCUAUGAAAAUCUAUGGCACUUGUAGCCGGGAGUAAAUCUUGACGAAGUGCCGGUUUAAUAGAAGUGCAGAUAACAAAAAAUAGUUCUUAUGAACCACGGAAAAGAUGACAGCCACCUCUUAAUUGAGAUGACCGCUUAAAACGGUUUCAAAGACUUAAGUAAGUGAUCGCUUGAAAUAGGAUUGCUUAAUAAAUGUUUGGCUGUAUGUCUUUCAGAUUCCCAGGGACUCGCUAACGCUGCGCACGUGGAAGGACUUCAAGAACGUACUCAGUGUGCCUUGGAAGAUUGCAUUCGUACGCAGUACCCAAACCAACCAACACGAUUUGGCAAACUUCUUCUCAGGCUACCCUCCUUAAGGCUGAUUCGUCCCGGAACGAUGGAAGGGCUUUUUUUCCCGCCAAUUAGCUUGGGAAACACAGUGGAAAAUGCUCUGAACGAGCUGUUGGUUAUGAAUAGUCCUAGUAGUACUGCGCAUGCCCAUGUGCCUGCAAGCUCGCCAAACAGUUGGCCUGGCAAUAUGUUUCCUAAUAAUGUCCCUGACAUAAACAGUAUUAGUAGCGUGAAUAGCGUGAACAUGAAUGGUGGUGCUGUGGUAUAG